AUGGUUAAAAAAUUUCAAGAUUUAUUAAAACAAAAAUUUAUUAAAAGUAAUACUAAAGAAGGAGGUGGAAGUAUAAAAAUAUUUGGUGAUGACUUAAAUCCUUCUAUACCUUGUAAAACAUUUCUUCUAUCAAUAAAAGAUACAGCAGAAUGGAUUGUUAAAGAAAUGCUUGAAAAAUAUGGUUUAAAACAUGAAGAUCCACAAAAUUAUUGUUUACUACAAAUUAUUAUUCCACGACGUGAACAAAUUGGUAAUACAACUAUUAAAGAAACCAUACUUCAUGAUAAAGAAUGUCCAUUAAAUAUUUAUUUACAUCAUUUACGAAAAAAUCAAGGAUCAAUUAUUUUUAAAGUAAUUAAAUGUCCACAAGAAUACGUUGAAAUUCGUAAACAAUUUCGUACACAAGAAAAAAAUUUAGAUAUAACUAAAAUUCCAUCAAUUCAAUAUCGAACUAUUGAUGAUCAAUUUCCCAUGUUUAUUGAAAUUAAUCAUGAUGGCACUGAUCUACUAACACCUCGUGUAUUUAAACUUUAUCUAAAUACGACAUACGUUGGCCAUAAUUCAAAAUCAGCAAUUGGCAAACAAUACUUUUAUAUUGAUGGUAUUGAUCGUGAUCAUUGUACAAUAGAAAAUCAAAAUGGUACUGUCUCACUUAUUCCACAUGGUGAAAUAUGGUUGAAUGGAAAACCUGUUUCAAAACCAUUUAUUCUUCAACAUGGAGCAGUAAUUCGUUUUGGACGAAAUGCAACAUUUUGUUAUUGUGACCCGCAAUUUAUUCAAAAAUCAAAUCUAAUCUCAGAACACAGAAAAUCACAAAAUGUAGAUAAAUUAUUUGUAUAUGGUUCUUUACCGAUACUACCCAUGACUGGAGUAAAUAAAAUGAAUAAUUUUCAAUCAAGUGUAUUACAUAUUCAACCCAAAAAAACAUCAUCAACUAAUAUUAUUGAACAAGGACCGAAGUUCAAUGUUUUACCGGGAUUAUUAGAAGUUCCUGUUGAAACUGAAAUUCGAUUUCUUCAUGCUGUUUUUAAUAAUUAUCCAUUAAAUAAUAUUCAUUUUCGCUUAUCACCUGUUUAUACACUUUAUAUGGCGCUACGACAUCGUCUGUCACCAUAUGGAAAAUCAUCUGUAUCUUUUAUGCAAAGACUAGAAGGUGUUGUCUCAUUACUUCAUUGUAUUGAAGAUAUGAUAAAUAAGAAAAUCGAAGAAUGUCAAGAACAUGGUGGUUAUCUUGCUUAUUGGUUAGCAAAUACAUCCGAAUUUGUUUAUUUUCUAAAACAUGAUCGAGAUUUAUCAAAAAUUUCUCAUGAUAUACAAAUUCGUUUAAUUGAAUCUAUUCAACGCUUAUUUUAUUAUCUAAUAAAUUGCUUAAAAAAUGAGUUAGAUAAAUAUUUAAUUGCAUUUACUAAUCCACAAGACGAUAAUGAACAUGAUAUUUAUAUUAUAUUGAAUAAUCCGAAAGUUUUAGAAGAAAAUAAUUUGACAAAUUUAAAAUUUUCCGAUAUACGUUGGAUAACAAUCGAUAGAAAUACAAAUCAAUAUCAUCAAUCAACAUUAAAUGAUAUACUUGCAACAUUUUCAUCAAUAAUGAAUUUAUUACGUAAAUGUCGUGUAAAUGUUGCAUUAACAAUACAAAUAUUUUCACAAAUAUUUCAUUAUAUAAAUACAUGGUUAUUUAAUCGAAUUGUUUGUUGUCCAGAUUUAAAAUUAUGCUCAUAUGUUUGGGGAGAAAAAUUAUUAUUUCGAUUAAAAUCUAUUCAUAAUUGGGCAGAAAAACAAGGUUUAGAAUUAGCAUCAGAAUGUCAUUUAAUCAAAGUAAAUCAACUAUGUCAAUUAUUAAAAAGUUCGAAAAGUGAUGUGCAUGAUGUACAACAAUUAUUAUUGAAUAAGACAUUUAAAAUUAAUUCCAUACAAAUAACACAAAUAUUGAAUAAUUAUAUUUUGAGUAAAAAGGAACCAUCAAUUUCAAAUAGUUUUCGUGAAGCUCUUCUUUCCAUUGCUUAUAAACAUGUUGAUGAAAAUUUACAUCGUGAAGGUUUUACGAUUCAAUUAGCUGAAGAACCUAGUUUAACAUUGCCAUUUUUAUUUCCGGAAGAUGGUUAUACAUGUGAAAAUUUACGCGGCAUACCCGAAAAAUUGUUUGAAUUUAUUGAACCCAUGAGUCGAUCAGCAUUAUGUCGUUUAUUUACGAAUUCAUAUAGUUUUGGAUUGUGGACUGAAUUUAUGCAAACAUCAAUAAUUGAAAAUAAUAAUAAUGAGAAUGAUAGAAUAGAAACGAUUAUAUUAAAUAAAAAAGGAAAUAAUCUUGGUUUAAGUAUUGUUUCAGCGAAAAGUGUAUCUCAACCAUAUCAAGGUGUUUAUAUAAAAAGUAUUAUACCAGGUAGUGCGGCAGAAGAUGAUGGACGUCUUCAACCAGGUGAUCAAAUCCUUUGUGUUGAUGAAAUCACUCUUAUUGAUAAAACACCAGAACAAGCUGCUGAAGCACUUAAACGAUGUGGACCUUCAGUUAUCUUACAAAUACGAAAAGAUGCAGCUAAUCAUCAUGGUCUUGGAACUCUACUUACUUCGCCAUCGGAUAACCAUCAUGAAUUUACUCGUUUAUAUUCCGCAUCAAAUCCUUCAUUAUUAUCAGAUCAAUAUCCACAUUCGGCACUUACGUUACAGACAACUAAUAGUCAUGAACGAUUAUCAACUGCCCAACAACAUUUUACUACUCGUAUUCAACAUGAUCAAUUAAAUCCAUCAGUAGGUCAACCUUGUAUAAAAAAGGUAUCAUUUUCUCAUGAAAUAACUAAUCAUCAACAGCAAUCAAUACCAUCAUUAGAUUUAACUUCAAAUGAUCAAACAAAUUCUCACAUAUCACAACAAUAUCUAUCCAAUCCAUAUCUAUUUAAUUCAAAACAAAAAAAUGAACAAAUAUUAGAUAAUUAUAGAAAUAGUUUUCAACUAACAGAUUUUAUUCGAUCACAUAGUCAAACACAAUCAUUGACUAAUCAAAAUAUGUCUUCAGUUAAAUCACUAGUCUUUCGAGAAGAUAUGCCAUUAAAUCAAAAUCAAAAUCAUCGAAUAAAAUCAACGAUACCACCUAAAACAUUACCAAAGCCAAUUAUUAAUAAUCUUGUAUUAAUAAAACAACGUUCUUCAACAAAUGAUGUUGAUAUUAGUAAUAGUUUAUCAAAACCAAAUUUAUCCAUAUCAUCUGAUCAUUCAACAUCAUCAAUAGGAAAAUUUGAAAUUGAACAACAAGAAUUAUCAAAAGUUGCAAAUACAAAUCAAAAUAAUAUAAACGAAAUACGAUUAAAACGCAUGAAUGAUUUAAUAACUAAACUCAAUCGUACAGAACAAGAAGAAAAAGAGUUAAAUAAUUUAAAAUUAGACAAUGAAUUUGAUUGUUGUGUUGAAGAAUUUUAUUCUCAAAUAAAUAAAAACAAUAAUCAAGAAACCUAUUCUCAAUUACAAAAUUGUACAGAUGAAAUGAAUCACUUUGAUGAAAAAUUAAAACGUCGUUUAGAACAAUUCGACCAAGAACGACAAAUCGAACGAGCACAUAUUAAUCAAAUGUUUACUAAAAAUAAACUUGAUACUGAAGCACGUUUACGUAAAGAGCGAGAACGUGAAAUUCGUGCCGAUCAUGAAAUGCAAGAAUUUAAAACUCGACGAAUGUCAGAAGACGAACGAAUGCUUGAAGCUAAAAGAGAACAAGCUCGUUUAUUAAAACAUAUUCGUUUUCCUAAUUCAAGAAUAAAAGAUGAUCAAUUAUCAAAUAUUGACGAGAAUGAACAUAUAAUCACUGAAUUUGAUUCAAAUAAUAAGAAUUCAUUUCUUCAACGAAGUUCAUCUAUUUUUGAUGAACAAGAAACUUAUAUAGAACCAUGCUAA